ACCUUGACAGGCCAAUUAGGCUACUGGAUUACGCACCAGUCCAAGAAAGUCCAAUCCAAAUCCAGAGCAGCCGAGCGCCGGGAGCGGAGCAGAUGGCGGCGGCGGUUGUAGUAGCGCGGGCGUACGAGGCGGCGGCGCGGUCCGCGCUCGCGGCGCUGGAGCGCAACCUCCUGCCGGACGCGGUCACCCGGCGGCUCACGCGCCUCCUGCUCGCGCAGCGCCUCCGACUCGGCUACCUCCCCUCCGCGCCGCUCCAGCUGCAAGGCCUCGUCCUCUUCGCGCACUCUCUUGAAGGCAUGCCCAUUGCAAUUGAAACAGACAAAGCUAAAACCCAGCACUACGAGUUGCCGACCACAUUCUUCAAGCUAGUGCUUGGAAAACACUUGAAAUACAGUUCAUGUUACUUCCCUCAUGAUUCAAGCACCCUAGAAGAUGCUGAGGUUGCGAUGUUGGAGUUGUAUUGUGAGAGAGCUCAAGUGCGAGAUGGUCAAAGCAUUCUUGAUGUUGGAUGUGGAUGGGGAUCCCUCUCUGUGUACAUAGCAAAGAAAUAUCGGAACUGCAGCAUUACAGGGAUAUGCAACUCAACAACACAAAAAGCUUUUAUAGAAGAGAGGUGUAGGGAAAAUGAGCUCUUGAAUGUUGAGAUAAUUGUAGCAGACAUCAGCAAGUUUGAGAUGGAGCGUUCUUUUGACAGGAUCAUAUCCAUAGAAAUGUUUGAGCACAUGAAAAACUACAAGGCACUUCUUAAAAAGAUAUCUGGAUGGAUGAAAGAGGAUACCUUAUUAUUUGUUCACUACUUCUGCCACAAGACAUUUGCGUAUCACUUUGAGGACAAGAAUGAUGAUGAUUGGAUUACAAGGUAUUUCUUCACUGGAGGAACAAUGCCAUCAGCAAAUCUCCUUCUCUACUUUCAGGAAGAUGUAUCUAUGGUCAAUCAUUGGCUUGUCAGUGGCACACAUUAUGCUAGAACUAGUGAGGAGUGGCUGAAGCUUAUGGAUAAGAACAUAACCACCAUAAGGCCAAUCUUUGAGAAAACUUAUGGGAAGGAAUCAGCUACCAAAUGGAUAGCUUAUUGGCGGACAUUCUUCAUCUCAGUCGCUGAACUUUUCGGAUAUAACAAUGGUGAUGAAUGGAUGGUUGCACAUCACUUGUUCCGAAAGAAGUAGAAGUUGCCACUGCACAUUUCAAAGUAUAAUUGUAUGUUAAGAAGAAUCCAUCGCAGGUUGUACCCAAAUAAUGUUUUUUCCCAUGUACCUCAUUGAGUAGUUAACUCAUUGAAUUUAGUUGUACCUAGUAAGAUGUACCUCAAUGGUAUCAUAUUUUAGCA